AUGUCUGAACAAAAAAAUAUAAUUACACCUGAAUUAUUAAAGUCCAAAAUAGAACAAAGUUUGUCGGGAAAUUUUCAUGAGGUUCUGGUUAGUGAUAUGAGUAACGGUUGCGGACAAAAUUUCGAGGUUGUUGUAGUUAGUGAUUUUUUUUUAAAUAAAAAUAAAUUGGUCAGGUGUAGAUUUGUGAACAAAGCGCUAGCACAAGAAAUUAGUGAAAUACAUGCUUUUAGUUGCAAAUGUUUUACUAUAAAAGAAUGGGAGAAAAUAGUAAUAUAA